GCUGCAGGAGUUCGAAGCUGUUACUACACGUCGUCGCCAUGAAGCCGUUGUUCGGAAAGAUUGUGUCCAACAAGAUGCAGAAGUCGGUGCUGGUGGAGGUGGCCCGCAUCGUGAAGGACCCCAAGUAUGGAAAAUACUACAAGAAGACCAAGAAGUUCAUGGCCCACGACGAAGAGAACGCCUGCAACAUCGGCGACUUUGUGCGUCUGUCGGGCACUCGCCCGCUGUCCAAGCGUAAGCGCUGGAAUGUCGAGGAGAUCACGCGCAAGGCCGAGGUGUAAGGAGGUUAUCAGUUGACAUGCUGUGUUGGCUAAAGAAAUUUGUAGUCUGGCAGCAUUGGCUGGAUGGCGAGAGGCUCUGAAGGCGUGCUUAGCUGAGCUGGAAACACUGAGGAAAGUAAUUUAGAGUUGGUUUUCCUGUCUG